AUGGCAAGUGCAGAGUCUGUGCAGGUGAGCUCCCUGCCAUUGCCACCAAUUCAGUACAUAAAUUUGUACACUGAUGAGAAUGUCAGGCGAGGCAGAGCGCCCAGACCACCUCCACCUGUUCACGAUAGCUACUCGAUGUUUGGGAAUGUCUUCAACGCUGAUGACACGAUUAUCAGGCCCCUAGAGGCACAAGGAAUCAAGAGACUCUAUCCUCAGCAUUUUGAUCGGCGUAGGGAGCUGAAGAAACUCAAUCACUCACUUCUGGUCAACUUCCUGGACCUCAUUGAUUUGCUGGUGCAGUGUCCUGACAGUCCCAGACGUGCAGAAAAGGUGGAAGAUCUCAGUCUUCUCUUUAUCCACAUUCAUCACCUCCUGAACGAAUUUCGUCCCCAUCAAGCCAGAGAAACCCUACGAGUGAUGAUGGAACUUCAAAGACGCCAGAGGAUUGAAACAGCCCUGAGGUUUCAGAAGCACCUGGAGAAGGUCCAAGAGAUCCUCCAGCACGCCCUUCAGAUGCUCCCCGAUACAGCAGAACUAGACUCAAAAUUGGCCAUCAACACCGAGGCAAUGGAGUGCUCAGACAGUCUGAACUCGGAUAGUCAGAAUGUUGACCCUUGCUGCCCCAGCGACCGAAUAAUGUGCAAACUGAUAGACGAAAUGGUCUCAUCCAACGCAGCAUUCUAAGCUGAUUUCCCUCAUUACUAAUUACCAACUGGUUAAACUAAUUAUUCGUUAAGUUGUACAUAAUGAUCUCGCCGUGAACUUUAAUUGUAGUUUUUGCUAUGGAAAUAUAUUGUGAUUGUGAAAAUAA